GAUUUGUUUGUGUGAGUCUGCACGUCUUUGACUAGCAAAAAGAGCAUGCGUAACUAAUAACUUCAGUGGAUUUGUUUCUUUGUCAUAAACAAAGCGGCUCUGAGUUUCUUGACUGAUUAACUGACUAAUCAUUUUAGCACUGUUAAGAUGGAUUUGGAAGACGACACCACCGUAUUAACAACGUUGAAAUCCUUCAACUCCUUUAUCAGCCGCCCUGAACCACUACAGCGGCAGCCGGAGCACUUUUCACAUGGUGCAAACCUGCAGAAUCAGUACAAACAUAGCAUGGAGCUUUUGGAAGCAGCAGAGAGAGCUUAUUCGAAGAAUCGUUACCUCCAGCUGGAUCAGGAGAAGCAGCAGAUGGAGUUAAGUCACAAGCGAGCGCGAGUUGAGCUGGAGAAAGCCGCUUCUGACAGUGCACUAGACCUAGAGCAUGAGUUGGAUCGUAACCAGGAACUCUUGGGUCGAAUCAGAAAGUUGGAGGAAAGUGAGACGGAGGCACUUAAGAGCGUGACGGAGCAGGUGGAUGCAAAUCGUGCACUCCGUAAGAACAUAGAAGGUCUGAACAAGAAACUGGAGGUGCGAGAUACACAACUAAAUGCUGCUAACCAGACCAUCAGUGUUUUGAAGGAUGAGCUCAGAGAGCUGAAGCAGAAGAUUCUGAACCAGGAAUCGACCAUUUCAUCACAAAAUCUGACAAUCCAGGAACAGCAGGAUCAGCUGGAGCUGCAGCGCAAGAAAUACCAGGAACUGUCCCAGCUUUGCCAGAGUCUCCAAGCAACCCAGUCUGCCUGUUCUGAACACAUGAUCAAGAUUAAGGAGUUGGAAAGGUGUCUUGAGUUCCAGGAGCAGGAUAUGACUAUUGUGAAGACAAUGAAGUCAGAGGUAGCCAGGGUUCCAGAACUAGAGAAGGAACUGAAACGUUUACGUGAGGACAAUGCCUUCUUCAGAGAGAACAGGGAAAAUUGCAACUUGUUGAAAGAAGAGGCCGAAGGCCUUCGGAGGAAACUGGAGAGGAUGGAGAAAACUAAAGAGGAACUGGUUACUGUGGAAUUGGACAAAGAGAGGCUGGUAGAGAAACUCCAACAAUGGGAGAACUUGGGGCAAUCUACUGGACUCAACAUCAGGAAACCAGAGGAUCUAUCCAGGGAGGUGAUUCAGAUCCAGCAGAGGGAAAUUGCUCUGAAAGAGCAGAACUACACACUCGACAGCCGUGUAAGGACUGCGGAGCAUUCACAGUCUGAGCUCCGUUCAGAGCUGUUGCAGCAGCGCCACAAAGCUCUAGAGGAACAAAAGAAGAGGGAGGUGCAGGACAGUUUUGUUCGUCGCCUACAGAGGAGAGUACUGUUGCUAACCAAGGAGCGUGAUGGAAUGCGUUCCAUUCUAGAGUCAUAUGACAGUGAAUUUACGCCUACAGAGUAUGCCCCACAACUCGGCAAGCGGCUCAAGGAGGCAGAGGAAAUGCUGCAGAAGACACAGAGCCAAAAUGUGGAGAUGGAGGCCCUGCUGACCAAAGCACAGGAGGAUACCAGGACUCUCAAACUACAGCUGCAUGCGAUGGAGCUGGAGCUGGACUCUGUAAAGAGCCAGCAACCUUCUUCAGUGAGCAAAGAAGAGGUCGGCAUACUCAGACUAAAGAUUGAAGAUUUGGAGGGAGAGCGGCAGCGUUUGGAGGAGCAGAACAACAUUCUGGAGUUGAGGUUGGAGAGACACAAUCUACAGGGAGACUAUGAUCCGGUCAAAACCAAAGUUGUUCAUUUCACAAUGAACCCCACUGCUGUUGCUAAGCAACAACGUCAGCAGGAAGAUGAAGCGCUUCAGGAGGAAGUGACACGUCUCAGGGAACUUGUGCGCUCUUUGCAGGAUGGAGGCACUCUGUCCCAUGCUCAAGAUGUUGCUAUGCAAGCCCUUAGCUUCAGUUUGCCGCCAUCAAAGGAGGUGCAGGAUUUACGGAAGCAGAUGGAGAGCGCUGAACUGAAAAACCAGAGGCUGAAGGAGGUGUUUCAGAAGAAGAUCCAGGAGUUCCGCACCAUCUGCUAUGUCCUGACUGGUUACCAGAUUGAUUUAACCACCGAGAACCAGUACAGGCUCACUUCCAUCUAUGCAGAACACAUGAAUGACUCCUUGCUCUUCAAAAAGGUCUCCAGUGGAGGGAUGCACCUGAUGGAAACUGAGUUCUCCAAAACUCUGAGCGAGAUGGUGGACCUCCAUCUUCACCACCAGAAAAGCAUCCCAGCGUUCCUCUCAGCGGUGACCCUCGAACUUUUCAGCCGUCAAACCACCGUCUAAGCAGUGAUUCAGUUCAGACUCCUAAAAUUCCUAAUGAUGUUGGUUUGUUUUUGUUGUUUUUUUUUCUCUCACCUCUCUGCCUCUCCUUUAGUCUGUCACUUUUUCCAUCAAGUAUUCACAAAGCGAGCCAAACAUCGCGGAAUUUUUCCACAUCUUUUGCGACAUGUGAACAGCGUGCUGCGGUGUUGAGGCGACAUGCACCGCGUUUGAUGGGACACUUGUGUCCCGCUUUCAUGUUCUAAAGGCUAAGUAAGUGUCUCAGUACCUCUGUUUGUAUCCUGAAUAUUUCAUCACUGAUGGAGGAAAAAUGCAGCAUUUCUAAACAACACGGUGGCGUCAGAACUGAAACAAGAGACAUUGAUAUUUCCUCUCGGAACGGUUUUUACUGGAGGAGUUUUUGGAGGGGUUGGGUGCCUCCCAUGAGUCCUCCGUGUAGAGCAAAAAUGACAGCUGGUAUUGGCAGUUUUUGUGUUGUUUUUUUUUAUAUAUGUAUUAGAAAUAGAGAAACUGAUCCCUUUUUGAUCCUUUUUUUAACCCCAGGCUUUUCAUGUCCUUGCUGUAUUGACAUGAAGUAGAAAACUUUUUUCUCUGUCAUGUUUUGCUUCCAGCUAAUCUGAGUUUAUUCCAAGGAUUUUUUAAUUUAAAAAACCAAAAACAGAUCCACCUGAAUAGAAGAUCAGUGGAUUCCAGUUUUCCCACCCGUUUAUUGAGAUGCAUCUAAAUUUGAAGCGUGCUUUCACUGUUGUCUGUGUUUCAUUUGAGGAUUAAACAUAUUUUAGAGAAGAGAAAAAAACGAGGUGAGAAACAGUUUUUCUUUCUUUCUCAUUACAUCCUCCAGAAAAUUAUUUGCUAAUGAUCUUAUGAGGAGGAUUAAUGAUGUCCCAUUACAUAAAUUAAAUAUUUUUUUUAUUACAGGAUUUUAUAUGUACUGUUUACCUUCUUUGUUGCUCUGUCGGCUUUAUUUAUUGAGUGCCGCAACUCUGCUUUAAACUUCGUAACCCCGGGGAGUAAAAAUCGUUGUAUAUGGUUUAGAUUUUGAUCAAUUUUUAAUUCUUCCUGAUAUGAAUUGAACUAAUGGCGUCUGUGUGUUUGCUCGAAAAUUGUAAGAUGGGACAAGCAGCAAUAAAGAAAGAUGACAGAAAUAAACAAGGGGCGAAGAGGAAGCAAGGGAGCAGUCCAAUAAAAUGCUGAAACUAAAGGAAGUGAAGGGAAAAUAAUGCCACUUAUCACAGCAGCGGUAUAAGAAAUCCAGCUGGUGUCACCAUAUGUCUCAUGGGAAAACAUUCUACACAUCGCACACCGCUUACUGUCCCCCUCUUUUGUUCUGUUUUUCUUUAUCAUAACACAUUAUGCAGCUCUGAGCUACAGGUCAAAUUUUAAUGAGAUGAAAUAUCAACUGCACCAAACUUUUUCUCCACUGAUGACAAAUCAAAUACAAAAGUAAAAAAUAUUUGUUG